CUCACACCCAUGAUUGGCCCAGAAUAACACAAUUUUACAGCUUUAUCUCCGCGGGUUCGAGGAGCAGGUCGCGCGUUAUAAAUACGGCCACCAGUCCCGGGAAUGAAAAUGAGCACCGACCUCCAACAGAACCCGGUCCGGCCCCCGCUUCAUGAUCUUUGUGAGAAGGAUGCUGCAGCAAGCUCUUAAAGUGUCCGCCGGCAGGAGCGCGCUCCCCCUGGUCAAAUGGAUGGAGAGGUGGGCCGAGGGCGCGUCAGCCAGCCCGCAGAAGGCGGUGAGGACCCUGGACGACAUGCCCGGACCGUCGGUCGCCAGCUUCGCCUGGGACCUGUUCGCCAAACGGGGGCUGUCACGGCUGCACGAGUUACAGCUGGAAGGAGUGCAGCGGUACGGCCCCAUGUGGAAGGCGAGCUUCGGCCCCAUCCUGACGGUUCACGUGGCCGACCCGGCGCUCAUUGAGCAGGUGCUGAGGCAGGAGGGCCAGCACCCCAUGAGGUCCGACCUGUCCUCCUGGAAGGACUACAGGAAGCUCAGAGGACACCACUAUGGACUGCUGACAUCUGAGGGGGAGGAGUGGCAGUCGGUGAGGAGUCUCCUGGGGAAGCACAUGUUGCGACCGAAGGCUGUUGAAGCAUAUGAUGAAACCCUGAACAGCGUAGUCAGUGACCUCAUCGCAAAACUUCGCCACUGCAGACGACCCAAAGGCCUCGUCACCGAUAUCGCCGGCGAGUUCUAUCGCUUCGGCCUCGAGGGCAUUUCCUCAGUGUUGUUUGAAUCCAGAAUCGGUUGCCUGGAUCCGGUUGUUCCUGAAGAGACGGAGCGUUUCAUCCAGUCCAUCAACACCAUGUUUGUCAUGACGCUUCUUACCAUGGCUAUGCCAAGCUGGCUGCACCAGCUGUUUCCUAAACCGUGGAACGUCUUCUGUAAAUGCUGGGACUACAUGUUUGACUUCGCUAAAGGCCACAUUGACCAGCGUAUGACGGCCGAAGCAGAGAAAGUCGCACGGGGGGAGGAGGUAGAGGGCCGUUACCUCACCUACUUCCUGUCACGGACUGGGCUGCCCAUGAAGACCGUCUACAGCAACGUCACGGAGCUGCUUCUAGCCGGAGUCGACACUAUCUCCAGCACUUUGUCCUGGUCAUUGUACGAGCUGUCGCGUCACCCCGAGGUUCAGGCCUCGCUCCGAGAGGAGGUGCUGAGUGUGCUGGGUGGUCGAAGGAUACCGGAGGCGGCGGAUGUGGCUCGCAUGCCUCUGCUGAAGGCCACAGUCAAAGAAGUGCUCAGGUUGUACCCCGUCAUUCCUGCCAAUGCACGGGUCAUUACAGAGAGAGACAUCCAGGUUGGAGGCUACCUGAUCCCUAAAAAUACUUUGAUCACUCUGUGCCAUUUUGCAACAUCCCGGGAUCCAGCUGUGUUUCCAAAUCCAGAUGAGUUCCUGCCGCAUCGGUGGUUGAACAAGGACCAGACUCACCACCCGUACGCCUCUGUACCCUUCGGGGUGGGAAAACGCAGCUGCAUAGGUCGGCGUAUCGCCGAGCUGGAGCUCUACCUUGCCAUCUCCAGGAUCCUCAUGGAGUUCGAUGUGAAGCCGGACCCGGAGGGGGUUUCCGUGAAGCCCAUGACACGGACACUUCUAGUCCCUGAAAAUGUCAUCAACCUCCAGUUUGUUGAACGGUGACGCGCUCCUCUCUCCCCCUCGUUACGUGAACUAAAACGUGAGUCCCUCCGCGGUAGGGAGUCCCAUCAGGCGGAGUUUUCACAGGAACCCGAGAGACUGCUGUUAGAGUGGACCUUCAACCUUCGAUGCAUCAGAGGCCAAAAUCCCUCCGUACCUGUCACCUGACGCGAGGAAUCCGGCGUGGAGAAGGACAAACGAAUAGAGGAUGAGCAGUGAGCGACGUAACUCCAAAUUUGAUACUGUAUUAGAUUCUUUUUGUAUAAAAUUACCAUCAAGCACUUAUUUGCACAGAGGCCAAGAUCGAGCCAAGUGAUCUCCUUCAGCACUAUCAGCAGACAAUCUUCAGACUCAGGUUUUAUCCUUAAAGUGAGUGUUGCAUUUACAUGUCUGUGAUUUUCCUGACUUGGGUAAAUGUAAAUCUGAUUAUGAUCUGUGAUCUUCUGCACUCUUAUUCCCUUAAUAAGGCAAAAUCCUGCAAAUAUUUCAUUUCAACUGUGUUAGCCUAUGUUGUGCCAGUAUACUAGGAGGCACAUUGCAUCUCUCGCAGGCUUAUAUCAUCCGAGUGUAUUAGGAGUCAUCCGACUGGCACACAGAAAACACUAUCUCCAAUAUCUUCAGCUCUUAAUGAGCUACUGUGAGAGUUUUAUGUGGAUAUGAUGUCAGCGUAAUGGUCAGCUACUUGAUGAGGUGUGUAUAGUGGAAAAAACUUUCAGCGAUGUGUUACAUUAAAGAAAAAAGGCAGCUGUUAAAAUGAUUCCUGUGUGAUAGAGCACAGUGCCACUGUUGAAAACGUGGGUUGGGCAAAUCCUCAAAAUGUAAAUAUAUGCCACAAUUCAACAGUGCAGCACAGUGCAAGUGUAUGUCUAAUUGUUUUUCUAAACCUACUAUGAGUGAUAUAACACCAUUCUGUAAAUGUGAUAAACUUCAGUAUCUGAACUCUGUAUUUAUUCUAAUUUAACACACUUUGGAACUGUUACUGUAAAUGUAAUUAAAAGGUUUCAAAUCGGA